CGGCCGCCCACCCUUCCGCAGACCCGGCGCGAUCCGGCUGCGGCGGGGGCGGGAGGGGGGGGCGCGGGCGUGCUCUCCAAGCAGCUCCGCGGAUCCCGGGUUAUGCAGGUCACCCGGCAGUCCCGUGAGCACGCGCAGGACGGCCCAGCUGAGAUUCGGGACAUCACGUACUUCUGCAGUAACAACCGAAAAAGUUGAGGAGAAGCACUUUUCCAUGCCAGCAGGGACCUCCUGUUUUCAGCUGCCCUGGGAGUGAAGCAGCAUGGAUGCCGUCAGCCAGGUCCCCAUGGAGGCUGUGCUCCCCAAGCACAUCCUGGAUAUCUGGGUCAUUGUCCUCAUCAUCCUGGCCACCAUUGUCAUCAUGACCUCUUUGUUACUGUGCCCGGCCACUGCGGUCAUUAUCUAUCGCAUGCGGACUCAUCCUGUCCUCAAUGGGGCUGUGUGAGAACCUCCCAAGAGGGGCAGUGAGGGAUGUGGAUGGUGUCCCCUCCCCCAGCCUCUUCCUUCUCAGAAAAGCGACGGGACGGGCUUUGCUGUGUGGACUCAGGAGCUCGAUAUGUGAGAGGAGAUCCGAGUUCUUGUUUGGAUUUUGCCACUGGCCAGCUGUGUGAGUUCAGUCAAGGGACCUAAUUCUGUGGGUUCCCGGUUCCUUUUAAAUGGGGGUCAUGAUCCCUGCCCUUCCUACCUCAUGGGGUUGUAAGAACCGAUGACUUGGUGGAGGUUACAGCUGUUUGCAAUAGUGAGCAGCAAAGCCACCGUGGAUGUACAGGUGUCACUGCUGAAUGCUGAGAAGCUUUGAAGAACCAAACAACCUAAUUACUGAUGGUGGCCUUCAAGGUGGUGAGGGAGACACUGGGGGCAGAGCAGCCUUUGCCAGUGCCCCUCAGGUCAAACCAAGCAAAGGCACCCUAUCCGCAUUCCAAGGGGCCAGCAGCGGCACUUUGGUUCACAGCAUUUUCUUUGCUGUGCCCCUCUCUCACGUUAUGUAAUUUGGAGGGAACUGAGCACGGCAGGGGAAGGGAGAUGGGUUGAACUUCCCAGGACGUCUGUGCCAGAAUGUCGACAGUCAGGAGGACGGCUCUGCCAUUUCUUGGCAAUGCCAAGGGACCUGGGGUGACAGGCUUCUUUCUGCAUUGGAGUCUCAGCGCUGUGAUAGUCAAGCACUGCGGGAAAACACAGGGUGGUCGAGUUCCCUGGCCAGCUUUCAUGAUCUCCAGCCACCACCCCCUUGUGUGCCCACACUUGAGAAAUGUCCCCCCACCCCAGCACCUGCUAUCAUCAGCUCCGUGGUAUAAAGUGCAUGCCCUUCCCUCCCUCCCACCAGCACUGCAACCAAUCUAAGCUACAGAUUUUAAGAGAUGUUCCCGGGACUUUUGGAACUAACUUAAAACAACGGUGGUUAUUUUAGAUGCUAUGAUCUAUAUUUAUAUAGAUUUCUGGACUGCUCAAGCUCUUUGACCAAAAUCAACGAUAUCUUGGGAUUUAUUAAAUUAUGUAAUAGCACAGACAUCAGAAUAUUGUGUGGAAGUAAUGCCUUUACUUUGGUCUGAUUUCGUUGAUGUACACAACCAAUUUCCAAUAAAGUGCUAGAAUGAG